AAAAGAGCGUGGGAAGAACCGGCCGGUAAAACGUGGGCGCAGCGCGCGUGACUAUAAGUUCACGGCCAUAUAAACUAGAACUCCAUUUCCACAUGAAUAAAAACUAAUUUCCCCCAUUCCUUUGUGUUCUUUUAAUUCUCUCUCUCUCUAGCUUCUCCCCUAUCGCUGUAAUUUCAUAAAUGUAGAGCCGUUUUCGUGUUGAUUACGUUUCUACACCAUUUUUUUUUUAAAUUUCGGUAAUUAAUGCUUGUUGGUUGCCUUGGAAUUCGCUAAUGGAAUCAAAUUGGAAGUACUCCAAUGGCUUACCCAGCGCGUGGCAUUUCAUCGUCGCUCUCUACUUCGCCUUCGCGUUCGUUGUCGUGAGGUUUUUCCUCGAUCGAUUCAUCUUUCGUAGGCUGGCAAUCUGGUUAUUGAGCAGAGGAACCACUCAGCUGAAACAGAAUACGGCAAAAAUAGUGAAAUGUUCGGAAUCGAUGUGGAAGCUUACGUACUAUUCUACUAUGGAGUUUUGCGUUUUGGCAACUAUCUAUCACGAGCCGUGGUUUAGAGACGUAAAUCAGUGCUUUACAGGCUGGCCUAACCAAGAGCUCAAGCUUGCAUUGAAACUUAUCUACAUGUGCCAAUGUGGAUUCUACAUAUACAGCAUUUUCGCGCUCGUUGCGUGGGAAACGAGACGGAAGGAUUUUUCCGUGAUGAUGUCACAUCACGUUGUUACCGUGACUCUGAUUUCGUAUUCGUACGUCCUGAGGUUUUUUCAAAUAGGAGCGGUUAUUCUUGCGCUGCACGACGCGAGCGAUGUAUUCCUCGAAGCUGCAAAGAUUUUCAAGUACUCGGGGAAAGAGGUUGGCGCUAGCGUGUGCUUCGGUUUGUUUGCAUUGUCGUGGCUUCUACUUAGGCUUGUCUUUUUUCCGUUUUGGGUUUUAAGAUCAACAAGCAUUCACACAUGUAAAGUACUGAAGCUAUCUGAGACUUAUGUUAUGGGAGCAUACUAUGUUUUGAACACAAUGUUGUUCACUCUUUUUGUUUUUCACAUUUAUUGGGGGAAAUUAAUUUUUGAAAUGAUUUUAAGACAGCUGAAAAAUAGAGGCAAAGUUGGGGAAGACAUAAGAUCAGAUUCAGAAGAUGAUGAAUAGUCAGAAUGAUUUUGUAGACACUGCACCCGGGUGACACACCAUUAAUUUUCACAUAAUAACACGUUAGUGGUAGUUAUUCUUAUAAACAUAUGGUACAAAACCACCCGAUGUUUUUCAACAGAUGUAUUAUAUCUCGUAAA